AUGGCUCUGGGGGCGCCUGUGUAUUUUACGGGAGAAACAAAGGAGUGCCCUACAGGGUUUUCGGAGGUAACCGCUAGCCCAGCACUACUUCCGGGCCCAGACUGCGCCUGCGCGUCGCGCCGUCUAGUGCGUAAUAUCAGGAACCAACCCAGACUAGAGCAGCGGUCCUCGGCGCCAAUGCUUGGAGGCCUUGCGGCUAGAGCGGCCCGUCCAGCUCGCCUGCUCUCGGCUAGAGCGUCGCUUCCGCAGAGAGCCGCGUGUGACCUUCCCGCCUGCGGAGCUAUGCUGCCGGCGGCGGCUAGCCGCCUGUGGGGGCCGCGGCUUGGACUGCGGGGAGCUGCGCUCCGCCUUGCCAGGCAACAGGUCCCUGGUGUCUGUGCAGCGCGGCAGUUGAGGAGCAGCAGCCAGCGAAAGAGUGAAGCACUCGCCGGUGCACCUCUGGAUAAUGCUCCCAAGGAAUAUCCUCCCAAAAUCCAGCAGCUGGUCCAAGAUAUUGCCAGCCUUACUCUCCUGGAGAUCUCAGACCUCAACGAACUCCUGAAGAAAACAUUGAAGAUCCAGGAUGUCGGCCUUAUGCCAAUGGGUGGCAUGAUGCCUGGUGCCGUCCCUGCUGCACCUGCAGCCCCUGAGGUGACUGAGGAAGAAGACAUCCCCAAAAAGAAAGAACAGACACAUUUCACUGUCCGUCUGACAGAAGCAAAGCCUGUGGACAAAGUGAAACUGAUUAAGGAGAUCAAGAACUAUGUCCAGGGCAUAAACCUUGUGCAGGCCAAGAAGCUAGUGGAGUCCCUGCCCCAGGAAAUCAAAGCAAACGUCGCCAAAGCUGAGGCUGAAAAGAUCAAGGCAGCCUUGGAAGCAGUGGGUGGCACUGUAGUUCUGGAGUGACACCCCUGUUCUGAGGACUUUUGGACUGGGGUCCCUGGGACCUGGGCAAAGGCCUGCUCACACCUGCUUCACUCCCAGGUGGUGUGUUGGGAGCAACAGCUGCUGACGCUGGUGACCGAAUUCUCCUGGGAGAGGGACAGGAUGGACCUACUGUGAUGGGGAGGGGCAGUUACAGCCUGAGAGCUCUCAAGAGAUUGCCUUGGGAACUUACAAAGUGAGCACCUCCCUGGUGGCUACUGAGAAAAUACAUUGUUGAGGCUA